AUGUCGCUGCCGUCGCCGCCCGCGCCGACCGCCUGCGCCGCCAUCUCGGCCUCGGAGAAGGUGGACGGCUUCACCCGGAAAUCCGUGCGCAAGGCGCAGAGGCAGAAGCGCUCGCAGGGCUCCUCGCAGUUCCGCAGCCAGGGCGGCCAGGCGGAGCUGCACCCGCUGCCCCAGCUCAAAGAUGCCACGUCAAACGAGCAGCAGGAGCUUUUCUGCCAGAAGCUACAGCAGUGCUGUGUGCUGUUUGAUUUCAUGGACUCUGUUUCAGACUUGAAGAGCAAAGAAGUUAAAAGAGCAACCCUGAAUGAACUGGUUGAGUAUGUUUCAACUAAUCGUGGUGUAAUUGUUGAAUCAGCGUAUUCUGAUAUAGUAAAAAUGAUCAGUGCUAACAUCUUCCGCACCCUUCCUCCAAGUGAUAAUCCAGAUUUUGACCCUGAAGAGGAUGAGCCCACACUUGAAGCCUCUUGGCCUCACAUACAGUUGGUGUAUGAAUUCUUCUUGAGAUUCCUGGAGAGCCCUGAUUUCCAGCCCAGUAUUGCAAAGCGAUACAUCGAUCAGAAGUUUGUACAACAGCUCCUGGAGCUUUUUGAUAGUGAAGAUCCGAGAGAGCGUGAUUUCCUGAAGACGGUUCUGCAUCGGAUCUACGGGAAGUUUCUCGGACUGAGAGCGUUCAUCAGGAAGCAGAUUAACAACAUUUUCCUCAGGUUUAUAUAUGAAACGGAACAUUUCAAUGGUGUGGCUGAACUCCUUGAAAUAUUAGGAAGUAUCAUCAAUGGCUUUGCAUUGCCACUGAAAGCAGAACAUAAGCAAUUUCUAAUGAAGGUUCUUAUUCCUAUGCAUACUGCAAAAGGAUUGGCUUUGUUUCAUGCUCAGCUGGCGUACUGUGUUGUGCAGUUCCUGGAGAAAGACACAACGCUGACAGAGCCUGUGAUCAGAGGACUGCUGAAAUUUUGGCCAAAAACAUGCAGUCAGAAAGAGGUGAUGUUUCUAGGAGAAAUUGAAGAAAUCUUAGAUGUCAUUGAACCAACACAGUUCAAAAAAAUCGAGGAGCCGCUCUUCAAGCAGAUCUCCAAGUGCGUCUCCAGCUCUCACUUUCAGGUUGCAGAAAGAGCAUUGUUCUUCUGGAACAACGAAUACAUCCUCAGUUUGAUUGAAGACAAUAUUGACAAAAUUCUGCCAAUCAUGUUUGCCAGUCUGUAUAAAAUUUCCAAAGAGCACUGGAAUCAGACUAUCGUGGCUCUCGUGUACAACGUGCUGAAGACCCUCAUGGAGAUGAACGGCAAGCUUUUUGAUGACCUUACUAAUUCCUACAAAGCCGAGAGGCAGAGGGAGAAAAAGAAAGAAUUGGAACGUGAAGAAUUAUGGAAGAAGUUGGAAGAGCUGAAGCUGAAGAAGGCUCUGGAGAGACAGAACAGUGCUUACAGCGUGCACAGUCUCCUCAGCAGCACGAGUGCCCAGUGAAGAGCCGCCCCCCGGGAGGCGGGCCUGUCCGCUUCUGGGAACAUCGGGAACUUGAGAGCAAACCUCGGCAGUGUACCUAAUUAGCCAGUUCUUCCUGGCAAGCGUAAGCGAGAGAAACACGGACUGAGCGUAGCCCUGUGCUAUGUCAUGGCCAUGGUGUACUGUAAACUUUGUCAUCAGUUCCGUCACGUUAUCUGUGUUGAGUGAGGUGACUGUGGGAGUGAGAAAUCACGACUUGAACGCUGAUUGUGCUGCACAUAGAUCAAGUCGUCUUCUGGACCUUUCCCUUUUCUCAUGUGCUUUCACGCUGCUGCAGACCUCGGUUCCACUGGAGGGAAGAACCGCCGUUAGAUGACCUGAGGUGUCGCCCUUCCCUCACCCCUCCUAGAGAGGGGAUGGGCUGAGGGCUAGCCUCGGCAAACACUGCCAUCCUCUGGAUUUGCGCACCUUACAUUUCCAGGCUUCUGAAGCACACGGUAUUAAAAGCUGGGGGAAGCAAACCAAAACUCUGACUGUUCCCAGUACCCCUUCCGCAGCAGCACCCCAGGGCGUGACCAGAGCAGACAGGCGGGGACCCUGGGCCCACCUCGCCUCCAUUCCUCCGCAAGGCUGGAGCAGGGCCUCGCCAGUCCUCCCGACCUGGGCCUGCCUGCAGGGCAGAGGCUCAGUCCCCACGGUGUGAUGCAGGCUGCUCGCUGGCACUGCCUGGCUUUACUUUGGGAAGCGCAGUAGGGUCCUCUGAGCGGACUGUGUAGAAGCCGUGUAUGUUCUUACCUGGUCAGGUAUCUCUCACGCCUGUUGUCAGUACCAUUCCAACCUCCCGCCUUGCAGUUGCGUGGAAACUGUUUUAUAAUGAAAGCUCUUCACUGGGGAUUGAGCAGCAUUUAAUAAAGUCUAUGUUUGUAUUUUGCCUUA